AUGUCCAAUGUUGGCAACAACAACAACAACACUCAUCCCAAAUCAUCCAAUGUCCACGCCGUGUUUGCUCCCCGAAAUUCCAUUUUGUCCACUGGAUCGGGGAUGGCUGGGGAGAGAGAGGGAGAUGCAGAGGUGCUCUCCGCACAUCAAACCUCUACAGUAGAUAGCUCGAGUGUGGAUGUCGUCCAAACACACAUAAUAGCAGAGGAAUAUGUUGUUUCAUCCAUUCGUGCUGUGAAAGCUCAUCCAUGGGACACUCUCCCACAUGUGAUCUCCAUAUUCAUUCAUGGAAUAUUAUUUCCUUUGCAAACUAUUGCAAUGGGAUACAUUCCUUUUCAGCAAUGGGGUUCUCUUUCUCAUGACAUUAUUCAUUAUGGAAUUAAGAAUUUGUAUACGUUUGGUUUGCAUUUUCUGCCGUAUAGUGGUGCAUUGGCUUUCUGUAUGCUAUUCGCUGCUCUAGAAGUGUCAUGGUUAGCUCUUGUCUACACUUCAAAAUUUGUGAACGGGAAAGAAAGCAGAUUGGCAAAGAGAAUUACUUUUUUAGCAAAAUAUUUAACAGUGAUUGUGUUUGUAUUCUCAAUUCCAAUUUCGAGCUUGUAUGCCACAUUUUGGAGUUGUGAUUAUGCAUCGGAACAGGUACAAUCGUCAGUUUUAGGAACCUCUAGUACAGUUCGGUACUACCUCAAGGAUUAUCCAACGGUAGAGUGUUGGGGAGCUAUCAAUGCCAGUUUUGCUGCCAUCUCCUUGUUGAUGGGGUUUUCCAUCCACAUGUUUGCUGUGCCUGUAUUCUUUGUGUUAUGCAUUACAAAUGCUUCACAUGUAUUGUUUCCAACCUUUAAGAAAGCACCAGGGUGGUUCGUGGUUUAUGUGAAACGAGCUUUUUUCAGCUCUCUUAAACCUCUUGUCAUUAUCACCAUGGUUGUGUCCUAUCAGAUUUAUAUUUGGGCUCAACAGAUGGUUCCCAGUUAUGAAAAGUAUACCUACUUGUAUCCCAUAUUUUUUAUUUGUUUGGGAUUGUUUAAAAUUGUACUCAUUAUUUGGUUCAUUCCUUUCUGUAGAGUUUCAGAAAACAGUUAUGAUAUUGCUUUGAAUUUUGGAAAAAUUGGAAUUGGAAUUGUUACUCUUGUGUGCUCUCUUCAAAAUACUGAGCGAAACAAUGACUAUGGGCUCGUUUAUUUUGGAGUUAGUAUAGGAGUAUUCAUCUUGUUCUUUAUUAUUGGAUUUAUUGUCUCGUUUUUUUCUUUCAAACUGCACUUGAAGUACCUUAUGAACAUUGUUAGUGAAAAACUGGAAGAAAAUUCUUCAGAACUGUUAGAGGAAGUAGGUCAGAAUACUUUGGCCAAACUCAUUCAAUUUUCUCUCCCUGUCUUUAAUGAUUCACCACUUUUAGCACUUUCUAAACAAGUUGUGAGUGAAAUCCUGAAAAACAAACUCACCAUCACAGAGACACAUUUAGUGAAUGUUGUUUCAUGUGCUCUUUUCAAAUACAAAGACUCCAGAUACAGUAUCAACAAAGCAAUUCAAAUGAUUAUGAAUCAAAUGAGGCGAAAAAUUAAUCUCUUUGAAAGAGUUUACUUGUCAUUGCAAAAACAUGAAAAAGAGUAUCUGAAGAAAAAAGAUGAAAUUAAGCCAGGAGGAAGAAGGAACGAAGAGAUUGAUAAGAAGUUGUCAGAUCUUUAUAAGAAACAACAAAAAGUAAUAUAUUUGCAAAAGACCUUCUGGAAACACAUUUUAAAUGAUAGUAUGGAUGACACAGACGCGAUAUUGCAAACAAGCAGCGACCUAGCAGACUAUAUCACAGAUAUUUCUACCAAAUUUAAUGAUUUACUCUCGCAACAUUCCUCAAACGUGACAGUCUUGAGACAUUAUGCCCGAUAUGCUGAAAAAAUUUUAUUUCAAAUGGAGUUGAGUGAGUCAUUGAACGGACAAGCAAACUUGUUAGAGGAAGAGGAAGAACUUCAUAAUCUAAAACAUGCAUUUAAAAAUGUGAGAAGAUACAGUACGAGGGUCUCAGAUGCCGACCCAAAUCCCAAAAUAGUUCAACAAGAAACUGAUAUAGAGGAUGAUUUGGAUGAGGCAAACAAUUUUGAUGAAGAGCAAAUGAAAACCAAGCCCAAAGAUACAUUUAGAAGCCUUAUACACAAGCAACCCGAUUUUCGAUGGAUUUUAGGUCUGAUUUUGGUUGUUCCAUGUUAUGUCAUCUUGGGUAUUACAGGUGGUUUGUUAGGAGAAAUUAUUCAAGGCACUAAUAGGAAUGGAUAUCAGACAAAAGGAUACAAGUCAAAUGUUUGGAUGUAUUAUGAUAUGUGUGAUGCUGCAAAUAUUCCAUACUAUGUGAUGGUGGAUUUUAGGGUCUUCCAAAAAUUAAAAAUCUCAUCGAACAACACAGAGUACAUGAAAAAGAUCCAGAGUGAAAGUACACAGAGAUUUUUAAUUUACAAUCGCAAGCUUAAAAACAUGCUUUCAACAUACUCUGCAAGCUCUGACAAUUUAAUUCAAUCAGUUGUGAAAGGUUAUCAGCAGAAAUAUCAUAUCGUUUACGUACCAGCAGCCGUUGGAGACAAUUCAACAACGGAUCAAUUUUUACCACCUUCCACCAAACAAAUGACUCUUAUUGAAAUUUAUUCAAUUUUAGCCAAUACAUUGGAACAAUUAAUUCAGCAAGAUGAAGAUAUGAGAAUGAAAACAAAAAAUAAUUUUCCAUUCAUGUUUUUAUGGGAAAAUAGACAAACGAUUCCAUCUGCAAUAACAGAAUAUUGCUCUGAAAUUAUUGAAAAUAACAGAAAUCAUCUAAUCGAACAACUGAGAGAUUUUGUUCUAGGUUUAUCAAUAGCCAUGCUAUCAUUUGUGGGAGUGUCGUGUGGAAUAUUUGCCAUUAUCAUUUACAAAUUCAGAGAUCGAGAAAGGUUAAUCAGAUUAUUUAAGAGACUCCCAAAAGAUGAUGUGGGAAAAGUGUAUCAUCAACUUACGAGUGACGAUAAGCAUUCAUUAGAAGGGGAAAAGAAAAAGUACACCAUGAAGUGGAUGAGAAAUCCUGUAAUUUCAGUUCCAUCUUUACAAUUAUUAGCAUUUGCAUUGGGAUCUGUGGCAUUUUUUGCAUUCAUAUAUGAUUCAACCAAUAAUAUGAACGUGCAAUAUAAUUCCAUGUUAAAGCUACGUAAUUCAGUCGAUAUUCAAGUCGAUUACCAUAAGGGAUUGUUCAGUAUGCUCGAAUUAAUUAGAGAUGAUUCUGGAAACAAUCUACUAGUGAAUACUACAUCAAUCUAUAAUGACCUUUCUCUUACAAUACGAAGUCUCUUUGAUAAUUUCUUAGUAUUUUCACGUGGUGACGAUUCAAAAGGAUACAAUCCUAUUAGAAGCUACAGUACAGAUAUUGAAUAUUUGAUGUCAUCCACUACGUGUAGUGUUCACAAUGACACUCAAGCUCAAAAUAGUACGAGCUCAUUUGAUCUGAGUCACUCGCUGUGGAACUCUUCAUUUUCCUUGCAAGAAAAUCUAGACUUUUUUCAAUGUCUAAGUAUAGAGGAGUUAAUGGGUUAUAUUUCAUCAUCAAUGGAGCAACUCAAAGAGGAGACUUAUAGACAAAUAUUCUCUCCGACUGAACUGAUUGAAAAAUUUGUUAGAAUUCAUCUCUCACUUAGUUUGGCGUUCAGAUCUAAAGUGGAUAAGGUUUUACUCUUGCUGGUAAAUGUUAUCGACAAUAUUGUAUCAAUGACUGUGAGCAUUAGCGUGACUUCUUUCAUUGUCAUUUUAUGUUUUCUCAUCAACUAUUUGGUUUACGUAUUAUGGAAAAUAUAUGUGAAAGAAAUGCGUCAGCUCCGACAAAUGUUUCAUUUUAUGCCCUUUGAAACCUUGGAAAAUGAUGAAGUUUUUAUUGAUUACAUUAUGAAUUUCACAUUAAAAAAGAAAAAGAAGGGUAAAGUUCAUCCUGGAAUGAGUGAAGAAGGUACAAAUUCGUACAGUCUUUUGAAACAUACUUUGGACAGUUGUGUGGAUGGAACAGUCAUUUUUAAUCAAGAUGGUAUUAUUGAAAAUAUCAAUCAACCUGCUUUAUCCAUGUUUGGCAUUCGGUCUCAGAGUGACAUUAUUGGAACACAUUUUUCGGCUCUAUUUCAGUCGAAAGAAAAUAUUGAGCGCAAGAUUAGUGACAUUAUCAAAACACAAAAGGCAACAGGUGAGGUUUUGGAGGUGGAAGCAAAACGUUCUCAAAAUUUGCAAAAUUCAAAAACGUUCCCUGUGAAACUCAAUUUAUGUGUUGCCAUUGGAGGUGGAUACAAAAAGAUCAUCUUUGUUGGAAUUUUGAAUGACAUUACAUCAGAAAAGAAAAGUGUGGAAUUGCUAAAUUUAGAGAAAAGAAAAUCAGAGAAUCUUUUAAAGAAUAUUUUUCCAGAGGCGGUCGUGGUUCGGUUGAAAAAAGGAGACACUUUUAUUGCCGAAAAAUUCGAUGACGUGACAUGUUUUUUCAGUGAUAUGGUAGGAUUUACAAAGAUGAGUUCUACAUUAGCUCCCACAGAGCUUGUGGAAAUGUUGAAUAGUAUCGUCAAUAGUUUUGAUGAUUGCACAACCAGGUACAAUAUUGAAAAGAUUAAAACGAUUGGAGAUGCAUAUUUUUGUGCAGCAGGGUUGCACGGUCAGCAGAGUGAUCAUCCUGAACGUGUCUUAAGAUUUGCUAUUGAUGUUUUUGGACUUCUUCACAUUUACAAUAUUACACAUGACAGAAAUAUUGAAACAAGUAUUAAUUUGCGAAUAGGUAUUCAUACUGGCUCUGUUGUGGCUGGAGUAAUUGGAUCCAAGAAGUUUGCAUACGAUUUGUGGGGAGACGCUGUAAAUACGGCCAGUCGAAUGGAGUCCACAGGUGUUCCUGGUCGAAUACAAAUCAGUAGAUCUACCUAUGAGAGAGUUCACGAUGUCGUUCUAAAUGAUUUAGGACCAACUCUCACUCCUAACAACAGAGGUAUCAUGGUUGAAUUUGAAGAGCGCCGUGUUGAGGUAAAAGGUAAAGGAAUGAUGAACACCUAUCUCUUGCUUGAAAAGUUUCAUGAAAGAAGUCUUUUUGAAAAUGGUAAUGUUGGAAAGUCCUCAACACUGGUUCAUCAGACUUCAAUUAUGGGUGAGGAGUUGUUGCAAUCCCAAGAAUCUGAAGACAAGAACUAG